AUGGCCUCACCAAGAUGUAGUGCGCGCGGCCACUACGACGAGUGCGAAUUUCACCACAACUUCUACAACCCGCGCGAAGGCUGCGUGCGGUGCAAGGGCGAGGUCAAGCGGGCCGAACAGCAGGAGGGAGCAGCCCAGCGAGAGCUGGCCGAAAGCGAGCGACAGGCCAGGGAGGCGAGCGAGGCAGCAAAAGCGGCGGCGGCGUCAAGCCGAAAGCAGGCGAGCCACGCGGUGCCGACCCAGACUACGAGGCCAACCCGCACCGAGCUCUCUCUCCAGCCGAGCGAUACUUUGGUCUGCAGCUUCUGCAUUCCCGACGACAAACCACACCUGACCUUCGACACGAAAUCCCGACACGAAGAACAGCGACGCGCAUCCGAGACAGCGCCUAAGACGCAAAGCGGCGAACCGACGGCCGGCCACAUGUCCCCGGUCCACUCCGGUCACACCAGCACGAUGCCGUCGCAGCGCCCCUUUUUCCUGUCGGCCUUUUUCGCCGCCUUCCGCCAGCAGCCCAGCUCGUCGCCGCUAUCGACCUCCACGGCCGCAGCCCAGCAGGCGAACCGUCACAGCUCCACGGCCACCGGCAGCGCCUCGGUCGAUCCGGCAUCCGUGUCGUCUGCGGCUGCGGCUGCCGUGGCUGCCUCGCACCGGCUGCACGCGACGCGCUCGCACAGCAGCACCGGCGGCAGUGGUGGCGGCAACGGGAGCAGCUGCAGUGCUGUCAGCAGCGGUGUCGCCAGUGCCAGCGGAGGCAUUCCUAUCGCGGCCGGUGGAGCACACGCGGCCGGUGGCCAGGCUACGACGUCGAGCACCAGCGGCAGCAAUGGCAGCUAUGGAUACUACGGCAGCGACGAGGCAUACUACGGCGUGGCGUCUCCCCAUCGCCAGAGUGGACGACGACGCGGCAGCGACAGCAGCAGCGAGGGCUUUCGCGACGUCAUGGGCGCCGACAAGUGGUACAUUGGCGGCCGGACAGCCGCCGGCGAGGAGCGCUUCUUCAAGCUGGGCGUCGUGCGCCGAGUGCGCAGCGGCGACCGGCUGAGCCUCGACCGGCUGAGCCUAUAG